AUGGCGAAGGUUCAGGACAUCGACUGGAAGGCUCGCGCCGGCCCGUCUGCGGAGAGCACACAGCGCCCGCUGCGCAGCGCACCCCGGGAUGGGGCGCCAGAGGGCGAGAUUUCGGGCGACGACCCCGAGACCCAGAGGAGACUGUCUCCUCUCCGGAUUGAUUACCGGAAGGCCUUUGAGCUUCUCGAGCAGGCAGACCCAACAGGCAUCAAAGCCUUGACGGCUGCCUACAACGCAGCGCUGCAUGCAUGCGAGCGCCAGAGAGAUCGCCCAGGCGCCCUUCGCAUCUACGCAGCCAUGCGCGAGAAGCAAAUCCCCGUCGAUGUGGUGACUCUCCAUUCGCUCUUCACUCUUCUCGAGGCUUUUGGCGACGAUACAGCUCUCCUUCAGAUCUUGGCGCAAGUCGACGCAUCCGACCCUGACUCGUCUUUGGCUUUCCUCGCCCCUUCUCCAUCUUCGUCUCCUCUGUCUCCUUCUCUGUCUUCGCCGUCUGGGUCCGGGCCCGGGCUUGCCGCUGUCUCUGUGACCCCGUCGCUCCUCACGCUGGGCAUUUCCACGUGCUGUCGCGCUGGAAACGCGACGGCAGCUGUCCAGUUGAUGGAAAGGCUGAAGGCGCUGCUGCGGCGAAACGCAGAGCACUUCCUCCUCAGCUUCACGUCCGUUCUGCCGCCGGACACCGCCGACGCCACUGCUGCUGUCGCACACCCGCCGACGUCGGUGUAUGUACAGCUGGUCGUCGCUCUCUCCCAGGACGGCAGGUACGAGGAGGCCUUGGCGUACUACGAAGAGUUGAAGUCUCUCCAGCGUCGCUUUAUUCAGCAACAGCACAUUCUUCAGAGAGAGGCAGCGCGUCGCGCAGAGCUCGUGGAGCGCGAGGCGACGACGAAGAACCUCAGCGAGGACGAGAGGAAAGAGCUUCUGAGCCAGAUCGAGAAGCAAGUAGUGGAAGAGCAAGAACACCUUCUCGAAGACUACCAGCCUCCCAUCUCCGCCAUCAACGCUGCCCUAGAAGCUUGUUGCUGCACUGGGCGCCUGAAGCAGGCCCUCGCGAUAUACAAGGAAGACGUCGAGUUCUCGCAGCAGCAACGCGUUCUCGCGGGAGAGGCUCUCGACCAAGCUGAACCGACGCCGAACAAAUCCUCGCCGACUGUGCGGACCUUCGACUUGCUGCUGCGCGCAUGCAGCCAACAGAGACAGGCGUUUGCUCUCGCGCAGAUUUGGCGGGACUUCGAGCGUCACCGGGAGAGGCAGGCGGAGACGCCGAGUGAGCGUCUCUUUCGCCUCCCCGCCGCAGCUUCGUGCUUCGCGUCAGCGAUUCAAGGCUUCGCUGUUUGCGGCGACUGGACCUACGCGCUGUCACUGCUUCUCCUUCUCCACCGCGAGAUGUCGACGGCGCGGCAGCGACUCGGUGAGCACCUUUCCCGUCGCUUUCAAGAGGGGCGCGGUGGUGACGCUGCAGGCCAGCAGGCGGCUGAGGCGAGCGAUGCGCGAGAAGCGAGCGGACUCGAGGAAUCGACUUACCAGGAGAGCGGCGGCGACGUGGGGAUCGAGCCUUACCUCGCAGUGCUCCGCGCCUGCCGAGACGUUGGCGCGUGGAAGCCUGCCCUGGGCGUCCUGCGACUCCUCCAGCAACGGAGGCAUCAGGAGCGCCUGCUGCACGCGCUGGGCACCGAGCGCGAGAGGCGGGAGGCGGAGCGCCGCGACCGCUUUCAGCAGCAAGUCCUCGCCUUGAGAGGCCGUCUGGCUGAAGCGAAGAAGACCGCCAGCGGCGUAGGAAACAAAGAGGCGCCUCGGCAGAGAGAUCAUGCACAGGCGCCGCCUGGUUCGGACCCGCUCCUGUCUCGAGACAUGGAACGCGUCCUGGGGUGUCUAGAUGGCCCCACGGCGGUGGGCCGAGUCCCCCUGCUUCCCGAAUUUCCCUUCGAGGCGUACGCACUCUGUCUGGGCGCCUGCGCGACGGCCGGCGCUUGGGAGCAAGUCCUGGCGGUCUCAGCAGAGUUUUUCUCACCGCGAAACUCUGCUGCAUGCGCGGGUCGAACGGCGGGGAUGGGCGGUGCGAGGGAAGAGAGCGAAAGCAAAUUGGCGAAUCGAGGCGGAUGUCUGGCCGACAGCGAGUCAGGGGAGACGCGGGCAGGAGCGGGGUCGGAGCGGGAAGGGCCCCAGGCGUCGCUGGAAAUAAGAAAGAUUGUGAAUGCGUACAGACUGAUGGCGCUCGUUCGCCUGGGGCGUCACCAGCUAGUCGAAGAGGAACGAAGAAGCCUCAUCCGGCUGAUGGAAAUGGAGCGGCGAACGCGCGAGCGACGCCACGCCAGAGAGAGAGACAGAGAAGGCCACGAAGAAGAGCGUGGACGCGAAGAAGCGUCCCUGGCGAAAUGGAGAGAGGAAGCCGACGAGGAACGGCUGGAUCAAAGGGGCGACGAAGACAAUCAAGACACUCACGGAAUUGCCUCCCGGGCUCUCGCAGAGGCAGAGUCCUGGCUAAAGACAGAGGCCGUUCGCGCGAGACCAGUUCGAGGGAGCGACGAACGAUGGCAGGUUUCGUUAACCGACGACGCACCUGGCUCGUCUGACGCAACGUAUCCUCACUCUUUGCUUUCCUCGUCUUCAUCUACCUCUUCUUCGUCGUUUUCCGCUUCACUUGCGUCUCCGCUUUCGGCGCCUUCGCCGUCUUCUGUUUCGUUUGUGGGGAAAGCAGAGCCUGCUGAGGUGCACUCCGCGAGGGCGCAGGCUGCGGAGGCGCGCGGGGCCAGGCCUCUGUCUCCUCUGCGUCCUUCCGUCUCCGCAGUCUCUGACCGAGGCCCAGGCGAGGCUUCCGAAGGCGGCAGCGAUGGCGACGCGAGGCUGGCGCCAAGACGCAGAGGCCUUGUCGGGCGAGGCCUUGACAGCUUUUUUGCGGGCCUCGAACCGGCGUCGGAGCGAGAGGCGCGGGCCGAGGCAGAAGCUGCAGCGAGACGAAGAGAGCACGAGCGCGAGAUGAGAGAGACGACAGAGCGCAGAUCGCAAGAGACAGGCGGGAGGGAAGGAGACGACGGCGAAGGAAUUGAAUGCCACCAGGCGUCAGGCUGGGGGACUCGUGGAGACGGGGAGAUCCGAAAGAGCGAGGAAGGCAGAGUACGUGGAUCAGAAGGAGAGAAAGACGCCGGGAGGGACGCGACAGAGCGAGAAAAGGACAGGGAACACACAGAGCGCGAGGGCGAUGAAAACUCAGAGGGAGAAGGAGGAGCCGUAGGCGCAGUCGCAGGAGACAGUGGAGCUCCGGUAGCAGCGUUUCUGAGUUCUGUCUUGGGCCCGCGGCGAGUCGUGCUCGAGAGCAUUCGCGAAGAGCCGCUUUUGGUGGACCAGACGCCCGGGGAGCGUGCGGACCGCGUGCAUGCAGAUGCAGGAACACCGGAGGCACAAGAGCGACCGGGGGAAGAGGAGCAAACCGACGCAGUCGGAGAAGGCGGUAAAGUUGACACAGAGAGGGGAAACGCGACAAGGGUGGUGGGAGACAUCGAGGAAGAGAGGCGGGAGAAACAGGAGGCUCGUGAAGGGGACUUCCCUAGAGCAAUGGUCGAGGGAUGGAUGACAUCUAAAGACAGGGGCCGAGCCGAAGACAGUGGCGGCAAUGCCGAGUGCUUGUUGGACACCGGCAGAUUCGCAAACGGAAAACAGGAAGGCGUGUCUCCCGCCUGCGAAACGAGUUCGAGUGGUCGGCCUGUGGAGACGAGCCUGGAUCUCCUGCUUCGUCACAAACAGGCUUCUCUCCCAGAGUCGGCAAACGUCAGCGUCGGACCGCCUCGCUGGCUCGCCACGCAGGGCGCCGCAGCCGCCACGGGGCCCAGACUCUCAGCGGUCCACAGUGGUGUACGUACACCAGAGGGCUGGCCAGGUGUCUUGCCACGUGGCGAGGAGACGCAGGGAGCGCGCGCCUCGUCGGCGCCGCAUCCGCAGCCCGCGGCGCAGCCUGCGAAAAACGGAUUUCUGUUUGCAGGCAACCACGGCUGGGGCUGGCCGCCGCACUGGGAAGAAAAACUCGACAAGGCACGCGACAGAUGGCAACGAGAGAGUGCGGGGAGACACGGCGAGGCAGAACGUGAAGAAAGCGCAGAGACGGAGAGCCCGUGGGGGAUGCGGCCAUCCCCUUAG